UGUAAAGAAUGUCCUGAUAACACGAUCAGUUCAGAAGGAGCAGCCUUGUGUACAACUUGUGAACUUGGUCAGGAACGAAACUCAGGGAGAACAAAAUGUGAGCCGUGUGGGGAAGGAAAAUAUCGGAAUGAUGCUAUGACAAGCUGUGAGACAUGUGAAGCUGGGUUGACACCAAACUCUGACAAAACAGCCUGUGAGCCAUGUCCAGCUGGAAGCUACAAGAACAUUGAUAUGAACACGUGCGAAGAAUGUCCUGAUAACACGAUCAGUUCAGAAGGAGCAGCCUUGUGUAAAACUUGUGAACUUGGCCAGGAACGAAACUCAGGGAGGACAAAAUGUGAGCUGUGUGGGGAUGGAACAUAUCGAAAUGAUGCUAUGACAAGCUGUGAGACAUGUGACGCUGGAUUGACAUCAAACUCUGACAAAAUAGCCUGUGAGCCAUGUCCAGCUGGAAGAUACAAGAACAUUGAUAUGAACACAUGUAAAGAAUGUCCUGAUAACACGAUCAGUUCAGAAGGAGCAGCCUUGUGUACAACUUGUGAACUUGGCCAGGAACGAAACUCAGGGAGAACAAAAUGUGAGCCGUGUGGGGAAGGAAAAUAUCGGAAUGAUGCUAUGACAAGCUGUGAGACAUGUGAAGAUGGAAUGACACCAAACUCUGACAAAACAGCCUGUGAGCCAUGUCCAGCUGGAAGCUACAAGAACAUUGAUAUGAACACAUGUGAAGAAUGUCCUGAUAACACGAUCAGUUCAGAAGGAGCAGCCUUGUGUACAACUUGUGAACUUGGCCAGGAACGAAACUCAGCGAGAACAACGUGUGAGUCGUGUGGGGAAGGAACAUAUCGGAAUGAUGCUAUGACAAGCUGUGAGACAUGUGACGCUGGAUGGAAACCAAACACUAACAAAACUGCCUGUGUGAGCUGUACGGGACUGAAGGCUGAGUGGAGAACUGCGAUCAGAACAACAACACAGUUCCCAGUAGUCCCAGGAACCGUGCUGGAAGUGAAUUGUAUUGAAUCCAGAACUCUCAAUAAAGGGAGCAGCGAGGUGACCUGCACCUCAGGAACGGAAUUUAUUUUCGAUUUUAAUGAACCCGAGUGUAUAAAUACAGGUAUAAUUGUAAAAGCAGAUAUGCUAAAUGACCAUAGCAUCACUACAAAAGGAUAACUAAACUCUUCAUACAACCAGGGCAGUAUCAGCAUAACCGACGAAAGGGGGUAAAAUAAUGUCGUAAGGGGGAGAGUUGGUUAAUGGUUAUAUUACUAUAGAAAACUGAUUUAUUUAAUCUUACAGUUGAUGGACUAUGACAAAUAGCUCAGAUGAUACUGCAAUCUAACUUAGAUAUCUAAAUAAGAAAAUGUAUGUUUAAGUUUUCCGGGUGGAAAAGUAUGACAGCAGAAACCCAAAUACCCAUAAGUCCCCAGAAAAGUUAUCGAGGUAACCUGCUCUGAGAUCUCAACACAACAGCAUUUGACAAAGCAAAAUAAAAUGUAAAAUCAAUUUAAAUUCAAAAAUUUAACAAAGAAUGCAUUUUCAUUAUAACAUAGUAAAACACUUUGUUUCAUAAAUAUAUUAAAUUAAAAUAAAACACUUAAUGCAAU